AUGUCUGCGGGACAAACGCUGAGGGUUUUGGUGACUGCACGACUCAGUGCGGCUGCGGAGGAGAUAUUUGCGCUGUUUGAAAGAACGAUAGCGGAAUAUGAGGAGGAACUGCGGCUGUGCAAAGAGAAGCAGAGGAGACAGGAGCAGCUGGAGACUCUGAGGCCGAGAGUGAUGCUGCUCAGAGCGGAUGCCCAGAGUCCCUCCCGGAGUCCAGGCCUUGAUCUGGACCAGAAAAUCCCAGAAACUCCACAGAUUAAAGAGGAGCCAGAAGAACAGAGCAUCAAACAGGAGCAAGAGCAGCUGCCAGAGCCUGUCCCAGAGUCCAAUGCUCUGUAUUUGAAGACAGAAGAGCCGUCACUGAUUCAACAAACUGAGCUCAGAGAAGAAACACAGGGAGAAGACUUCAGUACAGAGACAUAUUUCCUGUCGGAUACAGAGGAAGAUAUGGGAAACUUUUCUGACUUUAACCAUGUUGAAAACCACAUGGAUUCAUUCAGCUGUUCAGCUGCACAGAUGGAGGCAGAGGCUGUCGUAGACCACUACCACCAAGUCCAGAUCAGAACCAGAGAAACCACUACUCAAAACUGUGGCACACACUUGUAUUUGGAUAAUAGACCAGAAACCAGUGCAUCUGUGAACACUGGACACAUGAGAGGAACAGUCCGAGGAGCUCAGGGGAAGGGGUUCCAGUGUCCAUUUUGUGAAAAGGUCAUGAAGAAUAGAGCUUUGGUGACUGCACGGCUCACGGCGGCUGCGGAGGAGAUAUUUGCGCUGUUUGAAAGAACGAUAGCGGAAUAUGAGGAGGAACUGCGGCUGUGCAAAGAGAAGCAGAGGAGACAGGAGCAGCUGGAGACUCUGAGGCCGAGAGUGAUGCUGCCCAGAGCGGAUGCCCAUAUGCCCUCCCGAAGUCCAGGCAUCAGUCUGAACCAGCAAAUCCCAGAGACCCCACAGAUUAAAGAGGAGCCAGAGGAACGGAGCAUCAAACAGGAGGGAAAGCAGCAGCCAGAGCCUGUCCCAGAGUCCAAUGCUGCUUGUUGGAAGACGGAAGAGUCGUCACUGCUUCAACAAACUGAACACGGAGAAGAAACACAGGGAGAAGACUUCAGCACAGACACAUUUUUCUUACCUCAGACGGAGGGAAACUUUUCUGACUUUAACCAAGUUGAAAACCACAUGGAUUCAUUCAGCUGUUCAGCUUCACAGAUGGAGACAGAGGCUGACGGAGACCACUACCACCAAGUCCAGCUCAGAGCCAGAGAAACCACUGCUCAAAACUACGGCCCACUCUUUUCUUGUUCCAAACUGUUUGUUAAAAUGUCUGUGGGACCAACACUGAGAGCUUUGGUGACUGCACGGCUCACGGCGGCUGCAGAGGACAUAUUUGCGCUGUUUGAAAGAACGAUAGCGGAAUAUGAGGAGGAACUGCGGCUGUGCAAAGAGAAGCAGAGGAGACAGGAGCAGCUGGAGACUCUGAGGCCGAGAGUGAUGCUGCUCAGAGCGGAGGACCAGUUGCAUCCUCCGAGUCCAGUUCUCUGUCUUGACAAGGAAAUCCAAGAGACUCCACAGAUAAAAGAGGAGCCAGAGGAGCGGAGCAUCAGCAGGAACAAACAGGAGGAAAAGCAGCUGCCAGAGCCUGUUCCAGAGUCCAGCGCUGCCAGUAUGAAGGCAGAAGAGUCGUCACUGCUUCAACAAACUGAGCUCAGAGAAGAAACACAGGGAGAAGACUUCAGCACAGACACAUUUUUCCUGCCUCAGGAGGAGGAAAGCUUUUCUGACUUUAACCAAGUUGAAAACCACAUGGAUUCAUUCAGCUGUUCAGCUGCCCAGAUUAAGUCAGAGGAUGACGAAGACCACUACCACCAAGUCCAGCUCAGAGCCAGAGAAACCACUUCUCAAAACUACAGUUCAAACUUGUAUUUGGAUAAUGGACCAGAAACCAGUGCAUCUGUAAACACUGGAUACUUCAGAGGAACAGGCCCAGGAUCUCGGGGGAGGGGGUUUCAGUGUCCUUAUUGUGAAAAGGUGAUGAAGAAUAGUGCGGCUGCGGAGGAGAUAUUUGCGCUGUUUGAAAGAACAAUAGCGGAAUAUGAGAAGGAACUGCGGCUGUGCAAAGAGAAGCAGAGGAGACAGGAGCAGCUGGAGACUCUGAGGCCGAGAGUGAUGCUGCUCAGAGCGGAUGCCCAAACGUCCUCCCAGAGUCCAGGCCCCGGUCUAAACCAGGAAAUCCAAGAGACCCCACAGAUUAAAGAGGAGCCAGAAGAACAGAGCAUAAUAUGGGAGCAGCUGCCAGAGCCUGUCCCAGAGUCCAGUGCUGCUUGUUGGAAGACCGAGGAUUCGUCACUGCUUCAACAAACUGAACUCGGAGAAGAAACACAGGGAGAAGACUUCAGCACAGACACAUUUUUCUUGCCUCAGACGGAGGGAAACUUUUCCGACUUUAACAAUGUUGAAAACCACAUGGCUUCAUUCAGCUGUUCAGCUGCACAGAUGGAGACAGAGGCUGACGGAGACCACUACCACCAAGUCCAGCUCAGAGCCAGAGAAACCACUGCUCAAAACGGAUUCCAGUGUCCUUAUUGUGAUAAGUUUGUUAUAAUGUUUGCGGGACCAACACUGAGAGCUUUGGUGACUGCGCGGCUCACGGCGGCUGCGGAGGAGAUAUUUGCGCUGUUUGAAAGAACGAUAGCGGAAUAUGAGGAGGAACUGCGGCUGUGCAAAGAGAAGCAGAGGAGACAGGAGCAGCUGGAGACUCUGAGGCCGAGAGUGAUGCUGCUCAGAGCGGAUGCCCAGAUGCCCUACCAGAGUCCAGGAAUCAGUCUGAACAAGAAAUCCACAGAGACUCAGAUUAAAGAGGAGCCAGAGGAACAGCACAUCAAACCGGAAGAAGAGCAGCUACCAGUGCAUGUUCCAGAGUCCAGUGCUGUGAGUGUGAAGACAGAAGAGUCAUCACUGCUUCAACAAACUGAGCUCAGAGAAGAAACACAAGAAGAAAACAUCACAGAUUUCAGCGCAGACAAUGAUCAGUUUGUUAAAAUGUCUGCGGGACCAACACUGAGAGCUUUGGUGACUGCACGGCUCAGUGCGGCUGCGGAGGAGAUAUUUGCGCUGUUUGAAAGAACGAUAGCGGAAUAUGAGGAGGAACUGCGGCUGUGCAAAGAGAAGCAGAGGAGACAGGAGCAGCUGGAGACUCUGAGGCCGAGAGUGAUGCUGCUCAGAGCGGAUCGAAACAUGGCCAAACGAAGUACGGAGAGUUCAGAGUCAGAAGAAUUCAAUGAACCAGACUUGGAGUUUUCAUCAGAAUGGUUGCCAUUCGAAUUUGUAAGCAGCAGAGAGUCGCCCCCUGACGCACAUGGUUACACGCCAAGCAGAAGCAGAUCAGCCUCUACAUCGAGCAGUGAUUCUGGCAGUGUGACUCUUACACAUAAACGUGUGAAGAAGAGGAAAAAGGAAGCAGCUGCAAAGAGUAACGAUGGCGACUGGCAUGCCCAGAUUCCCCCACAGACUCCAGGCUCCGGUCUGAACAAGAAAAUCCCAGAGACUCCACAGGUUAAAGAGGAGCAGAGCAUCAAACGGGAGGAGCAGCUGCCAGAGUAUGUAAAGGUUCAAAUGAAGAUUGAAUAA